GGCGUGUGGAAAAGUGCACUUUUCCACACGCUCGUAGAAAAGAAUAUGUUUUAUUUUAAGGUAACAUAUGCGACUAGGGUUACGCAAUUGUAUGAUAACAAUAUAUUUUAUCAAAAAUCCUAAUUACAUACACUUCAUUAGGUAAAUCCAAAAAAUCUUGAUUACAUUGAAAGCUAUUUUCGGCAUAAUAUCUUAAUGAUUCCGGCACGAGGCAAAAUACUAGAAUAUACAACAAUAACUGGGCACAUAUAAAUCUUAAUGAGAUUUUUUUUUUUUUGACCAGUCAAAAAAAAUAUGGUGUGGUAUACGAUAUCUCUAAUUUUUUUCGCAAUAACUUCUUUAAUAUGGCUGUUUUCGAAAUGGCGCUAUUCUUAUUGGAAACGUAAAGGCAUUGUUCAACUUAAUCCGGAGUUUUUCUAUGGAGAUUUCAGGAAUAUGGUUACUUCGAAAGUAUCGGCAGGAGAAGCCUUCAAAAACAUCUAUUUCCAAUUGAAAAGUAAAAAACUCGAACUCGAAUAUGGAGGAGUUUACUUAUUAUUCAAUCCAGUUUUUAUCCCAAUGGAUCUUCAGUUAAUCAAAGAUAUAAUGCUGAAAAAUUUCGACCAUUUUCAAAAUAGAGGUGGCUACAAUCACGAAUCAGACAUUUUAACACAGACACUCUCCAGAUUAGGAGGUGAAAGCUGGAAACAGUUGAGAGCCAAACUAACUCCAACUUUUACUUCAAGCCGAAUAAAAAUGAUGUUUGAAACUUUAAACGAAAAAACGUAUCAAUUCGAAUCCAUAAUCGAUCAAUACAUUGAAAAAGACGGUGAACUUAAUAUUUCAGAUUUUUCUGCCCGAUUCACUACCGACGUUAUUGCCUCUUGUGGUUUUGGCAUCGAAUGCGAUUCACUGACAAAUCCGGACUGCGAUUUUAGAGUUUACGGUAAAAAAACUAAUACUCCACGUCCGAUGAAAAAUUUGUUGGAGAAUGUCUUUCCAACGAAAUUUUUGGCUUAUAUUGGAUACAAAAGCUUUGGAGACGUGGAGGAAUUUUUCGUUAAUAUUGUAUUAAAAACCAUAGAGCAUAGAGAGAAAAAUCAGGUAUUUAGAAAGGACUUUAUGCAUUUAUUACUUCAGCUGCGUAACAAAAACUUAUUUUCUGACGAUGGCAAACUCACCAAAGAAAAUAACGAAACUGGUACUUUCACGGACGACGAAAUUGUAGCUCAGUGUUUCAUUUUUUUUGUUGCUGGAUUUGAUACCUCUUCGUUGACCAUGACGAUGGCCCUGUAUGAAGCUGCUAAAAAUUCCGAGAUACAGGACAAAAUGAGAGAUGAAAUACGAAAGGUUUUAGAAAAGUAUGAUGGAGAAUUAACGUAUGAAGCUGCAAAAGAGCUGGAGUAUGUUGAAAAAGUAGUCUCAGAAACUUUGAGGAGAUACCCUGUUGUACCUUCGAUUCAAAGGGUUUGUACCAAAGAUUACACAAUACCUGGGACAGAUAUUGAAAUAGAAAAAGGUACACACAUUCAAAUUCCGGUUUGGGGCAUUCAUAUGAACCCCGAAUAUUAUCCAAAUCCAGAAAUAUUUGAUCCAGAACGUUUUAGUAAUGAGGAAAAAGCCAAAAGACCUGAUUUCACUUAUAUGCCGUUCGGUGAAGGACCAAGGAUUUGUAUUGCUGCUCGUUUUGGUUUGCUUCAAGUGAAAAUAGGCUUGGCUCGCAUGCUCAAAGACUAUCGAUUUACUUUUUCUGAAAAAACACCCAGAAAUAUUUUAUAUAAACAUGCUACAGUUUUGCUGUAUCCCACAGAAGAAAUAAUUUUAAACGUUGAAAAAAUAUGAGAAAACCAAAUAUCAUGUUGAGAAUUUCAUACAUCUGUCAAAACUGGUAUUCCAACAAUAAAUUGACAUGUUUUGAUUGUUGAUUUGAAUUUGAACCAAUCAGAUUGUAAUUAUGCGAUAAUUUGCACUAGUGCAAAUUAUCAGAUAAUUGCAUACUAACUGGUGCGAAAACUGGUGUUUUGACAUUUUUUGACAAAAAAUUUAAAUUUUUGAUUUAUGAAAUUCUCUCAUUAAAUACAACUCGUGCAAUGGAAAUAUAUUUAUAAUUUUCGACAAAUUUGCACUCAUUGCGUUUUGCAAAAUGCAUUCGGGCAAAUUUCCCAAAAAUUAUCAAUAAUUUCCAUUGCACUAGUUAUAUUACUAUUGAUAAUUAAUUUCAUCAAGAGACAAGACGAAUACCUACCUGUUGCUUUUAUGUAUAAGGUCAUGUUUGUGUUUUUUGUUGAAGCUAAUAAAAGACAAGAUAUCGAA